AUGCUGCUUGCCAGGCAGCGACGGCGCGCGCGGCUAAUACUGCAACAGACGAUCUGCUUCGAGGCUUGGUUCGGCUUCCUCUUCUACCCGAUAUCGUGUCUUCUUCUACGGGACAAACUGGCUGCGCUCGAGUACAAUUCGUCGCUGCAACGGGCUUUGCCUGUGUGCUGCUUGGUAGUAUUGAUCCCGGCGGAUGUAGCUCGAUACUACCUGGGCACGCGCGGGAACUUGCGAGCGCAGGUUUUCCCCCUCACAGCGUUCAUGUUCCUGUCGGCGUGUCCAGUGUUCCCUGGCUUCGUCUACCUGACCUUCUUCGCUGAGCACCGCCUUCCUUUCGACGUUGUGGCGGGCACAUGCUUUGUGUUGCUGCUCAUAGCAGAGUGCAUCACUGGCUAUGUGGUGCUCCGGGAGUUGCUCAGACAAGAGGCGGCGCGCUUUCUCAAAAUGAGGGAGUUAAGCGAUAUUACCACGAGCGAGGGCGACGAAGAGCGUGUUAGAUUUCUACCUGGGGAAGAUAGAGCGCCCAUGGCCAGGUCCUGGCAGUAA